AGGAGCAGCGGAUGAAAGGUACCACAUAACUGAUUAACUGGCUAAUCCGCAUAAAUAGUGGCAGGUUUGUUCAAAAGGAGAAAAGUGAAUAGACCUCCACAUGCCAGUGAUGAUGGACAGGGUCAUAAUUCCAGAGCUGCGUUUGAAGUUUGCAGAGAAGACUUGGGCUGACACUUUUCAGCUUGUCCGAAGGUGUAUGGAGAAAUCCAGAGAUGAAUCCAGAUCCCGUGAGCCACUGGAAAGAUCCCUGGAAAAACUCCAGGAAGAAUCAAACGUGUGCACCAUCAACACCACAAAGCUCCGCCUGGAGAUUAUCGCAAAACAACAAGGGAUGAGUUUUCACUUUGCUGAGGCCACGUGCUAUUUAUCAGCUGAUUUAUUCUACGUUGAGGUAUUGUUGUUGCCGUGUGGUGAAGUGGAGGAGGUGAAGGUGGUCCCCCAUGGAGAAUCCCCUGUUCCCAGUGAAUCCCUGCUUCAGCUGCUAAGUGAAAUUAAAUUAAAAUUGUUGGCGUCUCUGCAGUGCCUUGGGAAAGACUUACGGAAAAUCUCUCAUUUGCCAAGGGAACAAAAGUAUUCUGACCCUGAAAUGGACUUGAUAAACAAUGGCAGGAUUGGGGAUUUAAUCAUGGGAAAAGAAGAUUGUCCUUUCACCAUGCGGUUCUUUAUUCCUCCGACCAAUGGAACGAAAACUUUGGUGUCAGACUUGAAUCCAGUUGUUCAAGCCGCACAGGUUACUGUAGUUGUCAGUGACGUGACUCACAAGCUUCAGAUGGCAUCUGUGGUCCCUCAGCCUCCCCAGCUGGAUCCUCAGGGUUAUCCUGUGUUUGUUCCGCUGAAUGAGGUGCCAAAUGAAAUGCUGCCUGCCUGUUUCCUGCUUAAACUGCAGCCAGCUAUGCCCGUGACGCCGUCUUUUGUAAAGAAGCUCAGCCAAAUUACAGAUGUGACUGUACCAGAUGUUGACCUGCAGUGGGCACCCUUACCCAAGCUUCUCAUGAGAGAUUCAUUAAGCGCAAACAGCUCCUGGGAGAUGACAUGCGAAAGCAAGAUGAUUUUUACAGUGCCUCUUCCUGGUGGUGUGAUGCAUAGUUAUAUUUUCCCUGGAGCUGCAUGGGAUGUGCCUGCCCACAGGGGGGCUGUGGUGGACAGUGUUCCCUUCACCCACCCUGGUCAUGUCCCAGCCCUGCUGGAGCUGCUGCGCCACCAGUGUGCCAUUAACACCCUGCUGAGGAGCUGUUUCACAUUUCACUGUGCCAGUCCAGGUUCAGUUUGUGGCCUGCAUUUCGAAGUCCUUCCAGAGUCUGACAGCAGCUUUUCUGUGACCUUCCAGCCACUUGACGCGGACUCCCUGGGUGUUUUGCUGGUGAAUGUACCGAAACCUCACCAGAUUACCUGCAGCUUAUUUGGAGCAAAUACACGUGAUCCUUCCAUUAAUGAAUACCUCUCCUCUGUCAUCAUGAGCUGUAUGUCCAUCCCUGAGACAAUGAGGAUGCUAUACAACAAGCUCGAGGACAUCACCUCUGUCCCACUUUCUCCCAGCUGCUCGGCCACCACAGAGGCUGAAAAUGACCAUUCCGCUCCCUCGAGUACAGCUGUGGCCGACACCAGCAGAGCUUUGGCCACUUUCUCCCAAAGUGCAGCUAUGCCAAAGGACGGCUUCAGUGUUUCUGAUUUAGCACGUUCUGCCAUGACUGUAGCCAAAUCUGAAUCUAUUCUUGAAAUAAAUCAAAGUCCCUCCGCCUCCUCUUACCCACCUCCCCUUGUAGGCACGUUUCAACACAGGGUGGGCAACAGGCACAGCUGAUCUAAACGUGCAUCCACAGACUUUAUGAAAACUCUCAUGGGUUAAAUCAGCCAUAAAUAUGGACCAUAAUAACUGGUAUUUGUUUUCCGUUAUCAGUUCUGCUAAUGUGUAACUGCAGAAGGCUGUGUUUGUGUAAUUCAGAGUUCAUAAUCGCAUCCAUCUCCUGCAGGAUGCUUAAAUGUCACUUACUAUGCAUUCCAGCGUGGCAGAGAUUACUGGCUGUAAAGAUUUGAGGUCUGACAUCUGACCUCAGACAGCCAAGAGCCCAGUUGAUUGGUACCAUGUGAGCCAAUCAAACAUUGUUAAAGUACAUAAUGCACUCUUGAUGUUUUGUAAGA